AUGAAUGAAAUGUCGGAGAGUGCAUUCCACGACAAUAAACCUACACUCGAAGAUGGAAUAGACGAUUUAUCAUCCAGUGCAGCAUCGAUUAUUAGUAAAUUAUCAUCAAGCACAAUUGUGUUCAACCAUGGCUCUAACACCAAUCAGGCAUCACCCAACAACAACAACGAUUCCAACAGACACUCCCUCUCCUCCUCAAGUUCGAGUAAUCCCUACGAUGGUUCAAACAUCAUCUUCAACGGUAACCUCUUCUCAAGAGCAGCAAUUGGGGCCACAGCUUUUCACUUCCCCAUGUCGUCAAUGCCUACAAUACUCCCCUUUGCUCCCACAUGGGAAAUUUUCCAGGAGACCACAGCUCGGCUGCUCUUCAUGAUGGUGCGUUGGAUCAGGUCUUUGGCUCCAUUCCAAACACUCUCACGACAAGACCAGUGCACGUUGGUUGAGGCGUCAUGGAAGGAGCUCUUCCUAGUACACUUGGCACAGUGGUACCUUCCUGUGGACCUUGCCCCGCUACUCACCUCUCCUGCCGCGUCUCUCAGAGUGCCUCAAGACGUGCGCACGGCCAGCGAGGUCGCCACAAUACAGGACGUACUCAGGCGCUUCAGGCACCUCAGCCCCGACACCACAGAGUGCGGCUGCCUCAAGGCAGUGCUGCUCUUCAAACCAGAAGCAGGAGACCUGGUAGACCUUCACCCUGUAGAGAUGCUACAAGACCAGGCUCAGUGCAUCCUCAGCGACUACAUCAGGAGUCGCUUGCCACGCCAGCCCACGCGCUUCGGGCGUCUGCUGCUGCUGCUGCCGGGGCUGAAGACGGUGAGGGCGUCCACGGUGGAGGCGCUUUUCUUCAGAGACACCGUCGGGGAUACGCCCAUACACAGGCUCGUGCUCGAUAUGUAUACCAUGGACAAAAGCGACUGAAUUAAUAUCAAAUAUUGUGUCUCCAUCAAAUAUUCCAUCGCGCAUUUUACUUCAGGUUGGUAGUUUGCAUCAUGAAUUAGAACCAGUCGGUAAAUUUCUUGGCUUAAAAAAAUGUAACAUGUUCAUUCAUGGCUGAAGUUAAA